ACGAAAUACGAAAGAAAUUUACCGUUUCUCCUUAUGCCAUCCAUCGCCAGUUUCUUCAGUAUUUGUUCGUUGCGCGUCGAGUGCUAAACUAGGCAGCUGACCGCUCCAGUGUGCAGUGCCGCCGCCGAUUUCCGUAUUAAUUAAAUCACAUUUAAUUGAAAACAACACACAUACACAUACACACACACGCAUAGUGCGUUGCAUCAGGUGCCAAAGACAAAAAUUGCGUCUUAAUUGUCACACCGUAUCUCAUAUAAAUUGCCGUCAAUCGUGUGAGUGAGACUUAAGUGUUGCCAGAUUUUAUGGGCAAAGCGGCAUAAUAGCUAGCGUUACACGCGUUCGCUACAAAUUUGCCAAAAAAAAGUGGGUCUCCCUUAGGCGAGAAGGAAAAAAAAUAUAAACGGGUAUACAUUUCGUUGCGGCUGCCGCUGCCCCCAGCCUAUAUUGUGUUGUUCCAUGUAUCAUCGUGCACACAUACACACACGCACACACACAUAUAUAUAUGUAUAUAGCAUAGCUUUGUGCUUAUUGUAGAGUGGUCGCUGCUCGGCCUGCACUAUUCCAAAAACAAAAAACAUGUAAAUUAUGUAAAGACGCGUUUUGGAAUUUCAGUCAGCCCAAACGUCCGCAUCUAAAUCACCAAUGACUACAAUAACAACGCUAGGCUACAACAACAAGGACAACAACGUGAAAGCUUACACUCGUGUCUGAUUGCUUUGGUUUCACUGUGCUACAGGUAAAGCUGGUCAACAUUUGCUUGAGCGCACUGAGGCUAACUAAAAGGAGACAUAAAGAGCGGCUCUGCGCGUGUAGUGAAGCGAGAAAGAGAACUCAAUAAAAAACAAAAAGGAACAAGAGCUGAAAACUAAAUUCGAUAAGAAACUGUCGCAGUCGAGUGCAGCGGCAAAAAUUUGCCUUCUGUGUGCCAGAAAAGUGGCCAAAGUGCCGAGUAAUAUGUAAUGGAGCCCCCUUUCGCCAGCGACGGCAACAUGAUGUGAAACAUGGCAAUCGAAUCAGCCAAAGCCAUUUAGAGUCAUCAAUUGGCGAGGUCGCGACCGAGACUGGGGUCCAGGUCCAGGUCCAGCGGGCAGAGGGUCAGACGCAGCAACAAAUACGCAGCGGGACAAAUGCACAGCAUGGCAGCGAAAUGGAGAACCAAAAGCAGUGGCAGCAGCUGCAGAGAGAGGAGCAGAGGGAGCAGCAGCAGCAGCAGCAUCCGGCUGCCAGCCUGGCAACAGCUGCUUUGGCUCGUGUGCCUCACCAGCUUGGUUGGUUGGGUGUGGGCGGAGGACUGGUCGCUGAGCUGCGCCUCCAACUGCACCUGCAAAUGGACCAAUGGCAAAAAGUCAGCCAUAUGCAGCUCGCUUCAGCUGACGAGCAUACCGAACACACUGAGCACCGAGCUGCAGGUGCUGGUGCUCAAUGAUAAUCAUAUACCAUAUCUAAAUCGGGAGGAGUUCUCUGCCUUGGGUCUGCUCAACCUACAGCGCAUUUAUCUGAAGAAAUCCGAGGUCCAAUAUAUACACAAGGAAAGUUUUCGCAAUUUGAAAAUACUCGUGGAAAUCGAUCUGUCGGACAACAAGCUCGAGAUGCUCGACAAGGAUACGUUUAUGGGCAAUGACAGACUACGCAUACUCUACUUGAAUGGAAAUCCUCUCAAGCGCUUGUCCGCCUACCAGUUUCCCAUAUUGCCGCACUUGCGGACUCUCGACAUGCACGACUGCUUGAUCUCCUACAUAGAUCCUAUGUCGCUGGCAAAUCUCAAUUUGCUGGAGUUUCUCAAUCUGAAGAACAAUCUGCUGGAGAGCCUCAGCGAAUACGUGUUCCAGCACAUGGGAAAUUUGAAGACCCUCUCCUUGGAGGAGAACCCCUGGCAAUGCAAUUGCAAGCUGCGUAAAUUUCGCAAUUGGUACGUGGGCAGCCGGCUGAGCUCCGUCAGCCUGGUGUGCAAAGGACCGCCGGUGCAAAAGGAUCGUACCUGGGACAGUGUCGAUGAUGAGCUGUUUGGCUGUCCGCCACGCGUGGAGAUCUUCAACAAUGAGGAGGCAACUAACAUUGACAUUGGGAGCAAUACGACAUUCAGCUGCCUGGUCUACGGUGAUCCACUGCCUGAGGUCAGUUGGGAGUUGAAUGGCAAGAUUUUGGACAAUGACAACGUCCUGUUCGACACGGAGAGCAUCACGUCCGAUAAGCUCUGGAGCAAUCUGACCGUGUUCAAUGUAAGCAGCCUCGAUGCGGGCACCUAUGCCUGCACGGGUAGCAAUCUGAUUGGAUCGAUGACCCAAAAUAUUAGCAUCUAUCUAAGCGAGAUUGUGCAGCAUGUGCUUGUUAAGACACCGGAGACAUUCUGGUAUUUUGGCCUGAUCAUGGGCAUCUUUGGCACCGUCUUCCUGCUCAUCGCCAUCUCGUUUGUGGUCUGUCUGUGCAAGCGUACGACGCGUCAGCAUCGACAUGCCAACAAGGCGGGCGUCAAGUCGAGCGUUAGCUUCAAUGAUCAGGAGAAGAAGCUGCUGGACUCGAGUGUGACCACCACCACGAAUGAUCGCGGCGAUAGCUAUGGCAUUGACAACAAUCCCAGCUCGAUCAACAAGACGGACUCCACGCUGGGCUUCAAUCAGAUCGAGAUACACGCUGUGGAGAGUCAUCGCUCGGGCUUGGCCCAACAGCAACAGCAGCAGCAGCAGCAAGUGCACGCCGCUGGCCAGGGUCAGGCUGGUCAGCAUAUGCGACAGCAGCUGAUGACCGUCAAGGAUCCCACCUGUGGACUGAUCAGUGUGCCCACCUCUAUGGCCAGCUAUCAGCAUCAGCAUCAGCUGCACUCGCAUUCGCAUUCGCAUGGCCACGGCCAGAUGUCGGAGGAGUUUCCACUGAAUGUGGGCGUCUUUCCACCACCGCCGGAGUUUUGCUCCAAUAUUGUGCCGAACCCCACAUUUGGCAAUAUAUUCAUACGCGUCUCUGUCACCCAGGAUAUGCUCGACGGCGCCGACAUCAACAUGUAUCCAGAUCUGCUCAACAUACCCAAGCGUUUGCAGGAUGUCCAGUGCACGGCGGAUGCCAAUGCUGCGGGCAGCAGCAGCAGCACCACCAGCGAUGGUCAAACUGUGGCACAAUUUGCUACGCUGCCACGGCACACGACCCGCCGCGGCAUACUGAAGAAGGACUCGUCGUUGCAGCCGGGGGCAGGAGCUGCAACAGCUGCCACGAAUCUCUAUCCCCAUGACGAGAUCGUUACGUACAAUCUGGAGACGGGCGGCUAUCAUUGCGGCGGUGGGGGCAAUAGUGACAUGGAGCUGCCACUGCCACCGCCACCACCGCCGCCGGCUGUCACCGCCGUGGUGCAGUGCCAUCAUCCGACAACAGCAGCGCCAACCAUGUCCGCUGCGAAUUGCGCCAGCUGUAUCAACAAUGCGCCCACAUCCGCCUGCAGCACGCCGCCAAUUGUGGAGGCGACUCCGUUGCGUGACAGCUCCGCCUAUCCCAAAUACGAUAAUAUGGGACGCCGCAUCACUGCCAGUGGCGGCUUGGGUAACUCGACGCUGUCGCUGCCAGACGAGAACGAGACGCUGUUCAGCGAAACGACGGCCGAUUCCAACAUGACAGAGGCGGAGACUACGGCACAGGAUCAUCAGCAUCAGCUGCAGCACCAGCAUCAGCAUCAUCAUCAUCAGCAGAUGCUGCAAACGACGGAGCCGGCGCCGGGCAUGGAGAAGGGCAAUGCUGGUACUGGUGCUGGUGCCGGUGCAGGCGAAUUUGUUUCGCUCUAGUAUUAUGGCACACAGGUGUAAAGCGCGCCACCUGUCGGCCAAUAGUUUCGUUGUUGCCCGCUAGCACCAGUAGCCAGCGCCAUCUGUCGGUCAAUAGAUUGUGCUCCCAAACCCAAAACAAUCAGCUCACAGCGCAAACAAAAAUUCAAAAAGAAAAACUCCACUGUGGCAAUCGUUUUGUUUCAUAUCAGCAAAAUUCUUCUCAAGUAACAUUUUAAUAUAUAUAAAAAAUACACCAAAAAAAAAAAGAAAAAAAAACCAAACAAUACAAAAAUUAACAGAAAACUUAACGAUCUAUUGACUGUCGCAGUUGCAAUUUGAAACAGAAUGCGCGAAUGCGAAUCCAAGAGCAAUUUAUGUAGAAUCAAAAAAGUCUUUCGAGAAUAUGAGAGUGUUAUGUUAGCAGCGUGCAGAAAUUAAUAAUGAUUUUUAAAAACCAUAAAAAGCCAAAAAAUGUAGUGUAACUAGAUGUAAAAACGAAAUACAUAUAGAAUCCAUGGUAACCCAUUCCUAAAUUUUAGAUGCAAUCCACUGAACAGCGUUGACAUUCGCCCCGCAUGCCAAUUACCAAAUCAAAAUUUGUCAUUCACAGCUGAUUGGCCAACGGGGCGAAUGCCAAAUGACGAUUCGAAAUGGUUCCAGUGGCAAUUGCCAUUAAAAGCGUAGUUUGUCUUAUUUGGUAAAUGUUUAACGAAAAGAAAAAAUGAGAAAAAACAAAG